UUCACUUCUGAGCCAGCUAUAAAUGGAGGCAGGUGAGACACCCUUCCCAAACCACAUCCCUGCUCUGGAGGAAUUGCCCUCAGCUCUCCCCAGCCCUGCAGCUGACAGCAAGGCUGUCAUCCAGCUCCUAUAGCAAGAAAUCUGCACCCCAGAAGUCCUACUGAGAUGGGCAAAAUCAUCGUUUAUGAGCAUGCCAACUUCCAGGGUAUGUCCAGAGAAUUCACCACUAACAUUUCCAAUCUAAAAGAUGCAGAUUGGAAUGAUGUUAUCUCCUCAGUGAAAGUAAUUGGCCAGCCUUGGGUGGCUUAUGAGCAUGAUAACUACAGAGGCCGAUUUCUGGUACUUGAGGAGGGAGAACAUAGCUCCGUUGGUAAAGAGAUGAAUGACAGGAUCAGCUCUCUGCAGGUGAUCACUGAAAAUCUGCACAACCCCCAGAUCACUCUCUACGAACACAUUGAUUAUCAAGGGAAGAGCAGAAUAAUAAGAGAAGCAACCAACCUGGCUGCAGGACACGACAAUGACAUCAUGUCUUCCCACAAGGUCCAGAGAGGUGUCUGGCUGCUGUGUGAGCACAGCGAUGGAGGUGGAUUUCAAUACCUUGCCCGAGAGCACGAACACCUUCCAAAUUACAAGGCCAUCGAUUUCAAUGACAAGCUUUCCUUCCUGCGUCCCCUGCGCCCUGGCUGUGGCUGUUAGAAUGCAGAUCCUGCAGCACUGAGAAAAGAUGCAGCCCCGGCAAGAAAUUUGACACCUUGAUCUCCACCUCUGCUUGUGCUGCCUUUCCCCCCAGUGUCACAGGACCACCGAAUGUGAGCUCUCUGCUGUGCUGCUCUGCAGAUCUGUACUUCUCUAUCCUGACUUGCGUGCCUGUCCCGCCCCACAAAUGCAAGAAUCAUCACGCUUGAGCAUAUGAAAGAGUGUCCAAGCUAGAGGAGGCAUGCCAGAGGUGUGAAAUCUGUUGUACCCUCAGGUGGCAUUCCAGAUUCCUGGGCUAUGGAAUGUAGAAGCAUUGAGUGUUGUUUCUGUUACUAGGUGAUGCAAAAAUGUUAUUGCAGAACCAGCAUCACUUCCUUUGUGAUUUGCAUUGCAAUGCCCUUGUGGUCCUGUGGCCUCUGCCAUUGUCUGUAAUCCAUUUUGUGUUGGUGCCAUUAAAGAAUCUUUUGCAAUCA